CUAGAAUUCUGACACAGUCGAUGACGUUUUCUAGGAAUUUUUUAUUUUUUGUUAGUAAAUUAUCGAGAAAAUUUACUAGAAAAAUACCAAACAAUCGGCCAUUUUGGUGUUUCGCUUUAGCGGAAAGAGUUCUUGCUAAAGCAAAAUGAAGAUCGGACUGUGUGCAUACAGUGGGUACAAAAUUUACCCUGGCCAUGGGAAAACCAUGGUUAAGGUGGAUGGAAAGACUUUUACCUUCCUCAAUUCAAAAUGUGAAUCUGCUCACUUGAUGAAGCGUAACCCUAGAAAAGUAACAUGGACUGUUCUUUACAGGCGUAAGCACAAGAAGGGUCAGGAAGAAGAACAAGCCAAACGAAGGACGAGGAGAACACAAAAGUUCAAUCGUGCUAUCGUUGGAGCUUCUUUGUCUGAUAUUCUUGCUAAGAGGAAUAUGAAGCCUGAAAUCAGGAAGGCUCAGAGAGAUCAAGCCAUCAAAGUCGCUAAAGAACAGAAAAAGGCCGCAAAAGCUGUAAAGAAAGCAGCUCAACCUCCUAAACCGAAACCCACGAAGAAAGAAAAGGCCACAAAGGUUACACAAAAGAGUGCACCACGUGUGGGAGGAAAACGAUAAUUUUUCGGUAUAUAAAAAAUAAAUAAACUUAUAAAAUUGAAAAUGA